AUGUCGUAUCUCCUGAACAUCUAUGACGAGGAAGGACGUACUGUUGCACACACCUUCGCCGCCGACGAUGUCAACGUCAUGCAGGUGGAUACAUCCUCGACAACAGCGACCAUAGUACUGAGAGUUGUGUACGGUGAAUCAGCGGGAAGAGUUGUAAUGGACGCUGGACACCUGAUCCACAUGCUGAAAUAUCUCCAGGAAACGAACAAACUAGAACAGUGCAGACGUAAUUUGGGGACGAUGCAGGACUUCUACAGAUACGGAGAACAGCCCACAACGCCAGCUCCGAGGUCUAGUAGCGGCUACUCGCUGUUCUAUGACAAGCUACCCCUAUUCAUCGCCAUUAUUGUCAUGGUAACGCUGUGCUUCCUCAUCCUGGUCUUCGGCAUCGUUUACCUCCGCUGCUUCCACCACCAGAGGACAUGGGACAGGACUAAGGACGUGGAGCGGGCGAAGUUGAAGGAGACGAAGGAACACAAGGGCUUAGAGAAUCCGGUACCUGACUCUGAGAUGAUGAAAGACGAGGCAGUCGUCACAGAGACGUCACUCACCGUCAACGGCUCCCACCCCCAGCAUCCCGCCCCCCUCGAUGAUGACAAGGGUUGGGUGAUACCCAUAGAUCAAGCUCCGGAGUCGCAGGGCCAGGUGGCGUUGAAGUCAGAAGAUACGCAAUUAUAGGAAUUCGUUCACCGAGGAUAUUGCCAGCUUUUAGGACGAUAAGAAAGUUCAUUUUCAAUAAUCUUAUCAAAAUAACAUGUUCUACUCAAAUAAGAUACCUUUGGGGAGAUCUUCGGGCACAUCUAGUCAGCCAGUCAGUGUCGACAUUUCUAAAAUACUUCGUAGGAAUGAGAAAAACAUUCGGCCAGGCAUGUCUUAUUUCUGUAUCUCGUGAACAAAUAUAAUCGGGGGGUUCCGAAAGCAAAAAUAUCAAACUGCAUCAUUAAAUUAUUGUGUUGUUUACAAUUGCUGAUGCAUCUAUACCCAAAAAAGUAAUCUGUGAACAGCGGCCGUUUUCUCCGCUAAGAUAAUAUUGUCCAAAUCGAGGUGGAAACGAAACGAAACUGGGUCGUUUUUAGAAAACUGACAUCUGAUUGGCUAAAGAACCCAUACAUCCUUAAUUUAGAUUGGACGUCAAAGGUCGAUUGGACGUCAAAGGUCGUGUAGGGUUCAUCUGAGGCAACGUUCUUUAGAGAUGCCAGCUCUUGAUACAGAGGGAUCAGAGUAAGCGAUAACAUUUUCAUGAGAUUAUUGUCAGCACUUCCACACAUCCAUUUCAACACAUUCCUCACAGGGUCAGUGAAGAGGAAUAUGUGCGUGUAUGUCAUGGAAGAUGAACCCCUUCAGAUUCAAACAUACUUUUUAGGAGCUAUUAGUUACCACAUUUAUUCUACCUUCGCCAAAUAGACUGAAAUGUGUCAUUUUCAGAAGUUUCUAAUUUGUUUGGGACAAUUCGAAAUGAAGUCAUCAGUCGAUGCUUUGCAUAAACUGGCUUGUGAGACGAAGUUCUUUGAAAAGUACGUUGUAAAAUCAAGCAUGUGUGAAUGUGAAUUUUAUUAGCUAAUUUUUUCAGGUUAUAGUCACUACAAAUAAUAUUUACUUGUUACAUACGGGAUAGCGUUAUCGAUUGUGUAUGCUACUUUGAUAAUGAACUGAAAUUUGUCAAUUUAAGAAGUUCUUUUCUUUGGUUUCAACAAUUCGAAAUAUUAUUUAUGAAAUUAUCAGCGGGCAUCAUGAAUAUCUUACCCAGAUGAAUAUGUAUUAAUAAUGUAUCGCUUUGUAUGAAUUGGCUUGUCAGUCGUUGUAGAUGUACAUUUUAUAAAUCUUACAUAACAGUGUGAAUUUUAAUGUGCCAAUUGUCCCGGGUAGGUCAAUAUAAAUAAAAAUUGAACUUAUUACAUUAUACGGGAUAGAUACAUCGAUAUGAUAACUUGAUACAGCGUUGCAAUAAAUAUGCAAAUGAGAUCACAUUGCAGGAACUACUUCUAAACUCCAUACAUCGAUGCAGUGCCUUCUUGCUUAACAACUAUUCACUGGUGUUGAGAAAGCGUUGAUAGGAGUUCCCGAUGUCUAGGUGUUUCUGAAGAGAACAAUGAUUGAAAUCAGUUGGCACUAAUAUAAUCGGAGCGGCUCAGAAAAAUAUUGUAUUCAUACUCGGUUUCAAAAGCUACUUGUUUGGGCAAAA